CCGUGCCGUCACAGCCGGAGAUAGCAGGAUCUUACAGCUCCUAGUUCGUACGUGCGAGAAACAGAAGGGCCGUCCUGAAGCGGAGGUGAGAUGGGGCGGAUCCCGUGCUGCGAGAAAGACAACGUGAAGCGCGGGCAGUGGACGCCCGAGGAGGACAACAAGCUGCUCUCCUACAUCACGCAGUACGGCACGCGGAACUGGCGCCUCAUCCCCAAGAAUGCCGGACUGCAGCGGUGCGGGAAGAGCUGCCGACUCCGGUGGACCAACUACCUGCGGCCCGACCUCAAGCACGGCGAGUUCACCGACCCCGAGGAGCAGACCAUCAUCAAGCUGCACUCCGUCGUCGGCAACAGGUGGUCGGUGAUAGCGGCGCAGCUGCCGGGGCGGACGGACAACGACGUCAAGAACCACUGGAACACGAAGCUCAAGAAGAAGCUCUCCGGGAUGGGCAUCGACCCCGUCACGCACAAGUCCUUCUCGCACCUCAUGGCCGAGAUCGCCACCACUCUGGCGCCGCCGCAGGUGGCGCACCUCGCCGAGGCCGCCCUGGGGUGCUUCAAGGACGAGAUGCUCCACCUCCUCACCAAGAAGCGCCCCACCGACUUCCCCUCGCCCGCCGUGCCCGACAUGGCGGUGGGCGCGGGCGCUCUCUCUGCGUCCUGCUUCCCCACGCCGCCGCAGGACGACACCAUCGAGCGCAUCAAGCUGGGCCUGUCCCGCGCCAUCAUGAGCGAGACCGGCGCCGCGGCCCCCGACAAGCAGCAGCCUUGGGAGCCGGCCGACAUGCCCGAGGGCCUGGCCGGGAUGUACGUUGCGCACAACCCCGCGCAGGGGCAGGAGUUCCGGUACGAGGGGACGGUGUCGGAGUACAUCCUCGGCAGCGGCGACGUGGACCAGGGCACGUCGAUGUGGAGCCACCAGAGCAUGUACAGCGGGAGCUCGGGCACCGAGGCGGCCAGGCCGGCAGCGGCGUUGCCGGAGAAAGGUAACGACAGCGUCGGCAGCAGCGGCGGCGACGAGGAGUCGGAUGACGUCAAGGACGGGGGGAAGGGCGCCUCUGACAUGUCGGGGCUGUUCGGCGCCGACUGUGUACUCUGGGACUUGCCAGAUGAGCUGACGAAUCAUUUGGUGUAACUAAUACGUGCGAAAUAUCUAAACAGCGAAGUUACCAGGAUCAA